GCGCUGCCAGCACUGGACAUCCUUGAGACUUUACAAGAAUUCCCCUAUAACUUUUGAAAAAACGUGCUGGUUCUGCAGUUAGCUUAACGGAGGAAUAUGAUACGUUCAAUAAGUGUUCAUAGUUGUAACUGUCAAUGUUAAGAGGGCAGAUUCUUUGAAAAUCAGUAUGAACUUAAAGGGUCUCAGCGCGGUGUUACUGGUGUUUCUCACUAUAAGUACAGAGCCCCGCAAAUCGGAGUCUGCGGCGUGUCAUGGUUGUGGGACUGGACCAAAGUGUGACUGCAGUGGGGUGAAAGGACAGAAGGGUGAGCGAGGGAUUCCAGGUUUAACAGGCCAACCAGGUGUUCCAGGUUUCCCAGGACCAGAAGGGCCGACUGGACCUUGUGGAGAGAAGGGUGAUGAUGGAACGACAGGGCCGAGUGGGCCUAAAGGAAUAAGAGGACCUUCUGGAUUACCAGGCUUCCCAGGAACACCAGGAAUCCCAGGUCUCCCAGGACAGGAUGGCCCCCCAGGCCCCAAAGGAGUUCCAGGCUGUAACGGAACCAAAGGUGAAAGAGGAUUCACAGGAAGUCCAGGUCUUCCAGGUUUAGUGGGUUCACCAGGUCCACCAGGUUCUAUAGGACAAAAGGGGGAGCCUGGGGAUGUCAUAGAAAUUAAUCGGCCUUCAGAAAAUGGGGAUCCUGGCUUUAAUGGUUUGCCAGGCUCCAGGGGUGAUCCUGGACCCCCGGGUCUUCCAGGUCCUGUUGGUCCUUUUGGUCCACAAGGGUACGAGGGGCGUCCAGGCCCUCCUGGUCCACCAGGGCCAAAGGGAAACAUGGGAUUGAACUUCCAAGGACCCAAAGGAGAGAAGGGUGACUGUGGAUUACAAGGACCUCCUGGGCCACCAGGGCAGGUUGGCGAAGUAUCACGCUUACCUGAUACAGUCAUUCAACAAGGAGAAAAGGGUGAUCGCGGCCAACCUGGAAAUCCUGGUUUUCCAGGUCCCCCUGGACCCCCUGGUCCACAAGGGGACCAGAAAGGUGAGAAAGGAGAACCUGGGGAGUCUGGAAAGAGGGGAAAACCUGGCAAAGAUGGUGAACAAGGCCUCCCUGGAUAUCCAGGUGAUAAAGGAGAAUCAGGUCCUGCUGGUCUAUCGGGGCGAGAUGGUGCAAGAGGUGAGAAAGGUGAUCGAGGACCUCCUGGACCUCCAUCAUACAGGGAUGGGCCGUUCCCAGGCAUAGGUGGAAUAGGACCAAAAGGAGACAGUGGCGAGCCAGGAUUCCCUGGCCCUAAAGGAGACAGAGGACUGCCAGGUAUUCAGGGGCCACCUGGUCCAUCAGGUCCUGCAGGAAUUGGAGGUCCAGGUCCUUCCGGUCCACCAGGUUUACCUGGAGAGAGAGGAGAAAAAGGUGAUGAAGGACAGCCUGGAAUCACCCUCCCUGGAUCACCUGGGAGUACAGGUCCACCAGGUUCCCACGGAUUUCCAGGACCUCCUGGUCCCCCAGGAAUAUUAAAUGGCAACACAGAAUGUAAUCGUGGUCCUCCUGGUCCUCCAGGCCUGCAGGGGGAGCUAGGAUUUACAGGAGGAACAGGACAGAAAGGUCAAAAAGGAGAGACAUGUGUCAAUUGUUUCACUAAUGGAAACCCUGUCCCAGGACCCCCAGGGUUUCCAGGUCCUCCUGGAAAUCCAG